GCGGUGUUGAUGUAAAAAGAGCAAAUCAAAACAAAUCACCAGAAUCAGCUUCAGGUUUCCACUUUGAGUUUAUUAGCGGUCUUUGAGCAGUUCUUAAAUCCAACUGAAUGCAUUAUUAAUUUAUCCGUUUUCGUGAAUUGAAAAAGCUCAGUGAAAUUGCCAGAUCGUUCUCAAUUAUAAUUUGCACCAUGGCAGACGACCAAAAAUUUGGAGUUGAUCUUGAAGAUGAUUGCAAAAUGACUGACAUGACUGCUUCGUAUUCGGAGAUUUCCUUCGAUUCACAACCGGCGUCGCCCGUUGGGUCGACAAUUUUCGACGACCACGGUUUCGCCAGUCGACCUGACACUCUAGAGCUGGGCGACGGUCUGGUCAGGAUAGAAGGAACCCUUACUCAGGAGGGAGACAUGGUCUCCUUUGUGGCGGAAGACCUGGAAACGAAAAUCAAACUUGCCAGUCCGGUCUCGAGAAAAGAAACUCCGGUGGGUCCAGUUGGCUCAUGGAACUCUGGUUCCAACCUGUACAAACAGGCCCUGAUGCCGCAGAUGCCCAGUGUUGAUCCGAGUAUUUUAAACGAUUUGGAGGCCGAAGCUAAAAGAAUUGCCACUUCAGUCGACACACUGACGGAAAACCUGGCUGGAAUUUUGCACAGCGUUUCAGCGCUCACAGUGGAAUGUCUUGAAACCUACAGAGAUGCUGUGUGCAAAACUUGCGACUCUGUGGAUUCUAAUAUCAAGGCUAUGUAUCAGUUGAUGGCCAAAACUGAGGAGUUAAGCAAAUCAAUGAAACCCAUUUAUACUUUGGCUGAGCAAAUAAAGGAACUGAAAAGACUUUUGGAUUUAUUAGAAAAUGCGGUUAACGUUUAAACGGCAACUUCUUUCUAUGUCAACCACAUCGCAGAUCUCACAACCAUAAUUUAUAAUUCCAACAAAUUUAAAACAAAUUACGUAGAAGUAAAAUAGUUAUUUAUAGUUGAUGUAAAGGAUAAUGUGAUAAUUAAGAAAAAACAGAAAAUAAUA